UGCCCACCGCACACAUGGCGUAAUAGUUACUCGGCUACUUCCAUUCCAUCUUUUAUCUCACAGCGACAGAGACAAGUAAAGCUAAACCCUAAAACCCCAAAAGGGUUUUGAAGUUUGAGCAUAACGUACAGAAGGGGACUAUCUUCUUCUUCUUGUCUGGUAAAAUCUCAAUACCAGAUGGCGUCGAUGAUGUUCACGGACUGCUCGUCCUCCACCACCGCUCGGCUCCUCCCCUUCAGACACAACCCUCUCCUCCGUAGAAAUAACGGCGUCGUUUCCCUUCGCCGCCUCAUAAACCUUAGCUCUCCCAGAAGCCUACGCCUUCACUCCUCUUCUUCACUCUCUCCAUCACCCAUUGCUUCAUUGGCAACUGAAACACCGGCUAAAGUGAUUGAUGGAAAAUCAGUUGCGAAGCAAAUCAGAGAUGAGAUCAAUGCUGAAGUGGCGAGAAUGAAGGAUGCAAUUGGAAUUGUUCCGGGUUUAGCAGUUAUUCUUGUCGGGGACAGGAAGGACUCUGCCACUUAUGUGCGCAACAAGAAAAAAGCUUGUGAUUCUGUCGGGAUUAAUUCAUUCGAAGUGCGUUUGCCGGAGGAUUCCACAGAACAAGAAGUGCUCAAAUUCAUCUCGGGCUUCAAUGAUGACUCCUCAGUUCAUGGCAUCCUUGUUCAGUUACCUCUGCCUCCUCAUAUGAAUGAGCAAAACAUCUUAAAUGCCGUUAGCAUUGAGAAAGAUGUGGAUGGGUUUCACCCGCUAAAUAUUGGUCGUCUUGCCAUGCGUGGAAGGGACCCCUUGUUUGUGCCUUGUACACCAAAAGGGUGCAUAGAGUUGUUGCAUAGGUAUGGUGUACCUAUCAAAGGAAAGAGAGCAGUUGUAAUUGGACGGAGCAAUAUUGUUGGGAUGCCAGCUGCUUUAUUGCUGCAGAGGGAAGAUGCUACAAUCAGUAUAGUCCAUUCCCGAACCAAGAAUCCUGAGGAGAUCACAAGACAAGCAGAUAUCAUAAUUUCAGCUGUAGGUCAACCAAAUAUGGUGAGGGGUAGCUGGAUUAAACCUGGUGCAGUGAUUAUUGAUGUCGGAAUAAAUCCAGUUGAGGAUGAAAAGAGCCCUCGAGGUUAUCGGCUGGUUGGAGAUGUCUGCUAUGAGGAGGCCAGCCAGAUUGCUUCAGCAAUUACUCCAGUACCUGGGGGAGUGGGUCCAAUGACAAUAGCAAUGCUUCUCUCUAAUACUCUCGUAUCAGCAAAAAGGGUACACAACUUCCAGUGAGAUGUUCAGAGGUGCGGCUACUGGCAGAGAUCUCCCCUCUAAUUCAAUUAAAGACGCCACCAUCAUAUUCUUGAUCCUGAGCUACCAUUGGUUUUUUUAUUGUGGGAACAUUUCCUUCGUGUGCUUAUCAGUUCUCACCACUAGAAAUCGAGAGAGAUUUUUCUAAGUGUUAAAAGGCAGUUUUUUUUUUUUUUUGGGGUCAAAAGAGUUGAAAGCAUCUUUGUUUUAACCGUAUGAUGUAUUUUCGGUAAGAGGGUUUAUGUAGCAGGGGUUCCAUGUUGACUAGGAACUCUGAUAUGUUAUCUGAUACAAAAAUCUUGGAAGGCAUCCUCUCUACACAUAAUAGAAAUGGGGUUUGCAGACUUAAUGUAAUAAGUUAAAUUUUGUACGUUUGGUAUUAGAUUGGAGAUUCAUCUCCAAAGAAAAUGUA